UUGGAACUUUCCUAACUCUAUCAACAACAUCAUGUCUUGAGAUAAACCCAUAGCAGGCGCUUCGGCGCAAGCUACGACUUACUUACACCACCAAAUGUGGACCACUCUUCAAGUCGCGAUGUCUUUGGUGUCUAUCGCUUUAGCCGCCCUCCCUUUCGUGCUGUCGCGACCUCGGUUGAGCAAACUCGGCUGGUACCAAGAGUGCGGAGACCGAUUCCAGCCGCCGGCCCACCGAACAGCUCGACAUGCAGCGCCCGCCCAUCAGCCAGCGUAGCCGACAAUAGAAUUCGACACCCACGAUGCGGCCGAUCACAGCAAUGACAAUGCCUCUGAGGCGGAUAGCACCAUGUGCAGCACGUCAGAGCUCGCGGCGAUGCUUCUCGAGCACCCGAGACCUGCAAGCCACUUGGGGAUUCAUAGGCCUUGGGCGAAUGGGCUACUCUAUGGCUAAAAACCUCAAAGCAAAAAUUCCUGCUGGAGACACGCUCUUCGUCCACGAUGUCAACACUGCUGCUACCCAGAAGUUUCUCGAUGAGAAUCCCACUGGCGUACACGUCGCUGAGAACGUCCGAGAAAUUGCCGAGAAAGCUGAAGUAAUCAUAACGGCCCUACCGGAGCCUCAGCAUGUCAAGGGCGUGUACAAAGCCAUGCUCGAGCCUCGUACACUGCUGACAGGUGGCUUCGUAAAGAAGGAACGUCUCUUCAUUGAUACGUCCACCAUCGAUCCCAUGACCUCGGCUGAUGUUGCCGAAGUCGCGCACUCGUCUGGUCAAGGGAAAUUCAUCGAUGCACCUAUGUCUGGCGGAGUUGUUGGCGCAGCAGCUGGCACACUCACCUUUAUGAUCGGCGCAGCGCCUGAAUUGGUUGAUCAAGCUACUGAAGUGUUGUCUUUGAUGGGCCGAAAAGUGCUUCACCUCGGUGAACAAGGUGCUGGACUCAAGGGCAAGCUUGCAAACAAUUACUUGUUGGCUCUCAACAACAUUGCAACCGCAGAAGCCAUGAACAUGGGGAUCCAAUGGGGCCUUGACCCUAAAGCACUCGCAGGCAUGAUCAACAUUAGCACAGGAAAGUGCUGGCCAAGUGAAGUCAACAACCCCGUGCCUGGUGUUAUCGAGGGCUCGCCUGCAAGUAGAGGAUACGAGGGAGGAUUUGGAGUUGCUCUCGCCAACAAGGACCUGAAGCUCGCUCUCAAGGCGGCUGCCGACGCGAAUGUCAAACUUGCACUCGGCGAGUCAGCUAGACAGCUGUACGAAGCGGCAGAGAACGCACCAGACUGCAAAGGAAAAGAUUUUUCCGUUGUAUACCGAUACUUGGGAGGCAAAGAGUAGACAAAAUUCCAUCACAGAUGAAACU